UCGGCAAGGAUCGCUUUACGGCAGACUCGUCCACAUGGCUUCCAACUCGGCAUGAUCGGAGUUUGAGCUAAAAUCGUCAGUAAGAGUGAACCAAGGCGAACUUAAAAUCGUGUUUUAUGUAUAGGUAGUCAUUGAUCGUCAUGGGUAAAAGUAAAACCACGAAGUUUAAACGGCCGCAGUUCAACGCCGUCGGGCUGCCGGUGAAAGCCGUGAAAGAAGUUGACGAAGAGGAGGAAGACCACGGUGAAGAUUGCUCUCCAGCCGCGGAGCUACUGGAAAAGCUGCAAAGCCCGAACGCAGACACGCGUGAGUUUGCGUGCGCCAGCAUUUCUCGGGUGGUCCAACAGAGCCAGACCAUCCCCGGUUUUCUCCAGAGACAUGCUGUCCGGCGCCUGGGCCCCUUGCUGCUGGACAACAGCUUGGCUGUCAGGGAGACUGCCGCCGGGGCGCUCAGGAAUCUGAGUGCAUGUGGAAAUCAGGAAGUGUGCGAGGACAUGGUGAAGGAAGACAUCAUGACUCCUGUGACAGCGCUGCUGACAGAGUGUUGCGCAGGUUUUGACAGCACCGUGGUGACGAUGAAGGAACAGAAAAAUGCUGUGGAGGAUGUUGCCAACGAGGCGGUGAACCUGCUGUGGAACCUAUGUGAAAACAGCAGCCAGGCGCUGUCUGUUUUCAACAAAUCAGGUCUCCUGGAUCUUGUUGCUCAGUGUCUGGAGAGGCACCCACGUAAUGUGGAAUUGGCUGUUUCAGCAGCCCACUGUUUGCACACUGUGACUGAGGACAACCCCGAACUGCUGUGCAGCAUGAAUGCAGGCGUUUUUGGAGCCCUAGAGGGUGUGCUGCUGUCGUCUCAGCCAGGCAUGGCAGCCACUCUUCUCAGGACUUUAGCUGCGGGAACUCUGUGGAACAUGAAGGCCAAUCUUCCUGCCGCUCGCCAAGCUCAAACCGUCAACGCUGUGGUGGCCACCUUGUCUCAGUGCCUGGAUUUGGAUGCAGGAGGACUGAUCCUUGAACUCAGGGCAUCAGAAGAGGCUUCUCACAGAAGUGCCUCUCCUGCAACGGAGACAGAAGAACCUUUGGCAGCUAGAGACCCGGCUGAAGAGGAGAUGAUUGACGAAGAGGAGCCACUCAAAGAAAAAAGCAAAGCUGGAAAGGCGACGAAGGCUGACAGCGACUUCUCAGAUCUUCUUCCUAAGGGUAAGAAGGAGCUGCGGGAGGCAACGGCCUUGCUGACAGCCCAGCAAACGUCCUUGGAGAUCAUUGUCAACAUGUGCUGCUCUGACGAUCCCUCUGAUGACGAGUGGGAGGAGGAUUCGAGCAGCGACGAAAGCGACAUGGGUCCCGAUGGCCUUUGUGAUGGAGUGUCCAGUCUGAUGUCUCCACUGUGCUUGUCAGCUGAGGUUCAAGGGGCCUUGAUCAACCACAGCAUACCAGAAAAGGUACUAAAAAAGACAGAGUUCCCCAGGCAGGAGGCUGUAGACGUGUGCCAGCGGAGUCCUUCCUGGACAGGCAUUGCAAAGAGGAUGCAGCGAGUUCAGUCCCGGGCACUGACCUGCCUCCACAGCAUCCUCUCCACCAUGGAUGUGGAGUCUCUGGGUGGUGCAGCCGGCCUGCAGGGAGCAGCACAGCACCUGUCCAUGCUGGUCUUUGGCGCUGCAGAGAUUCCUAAAGAUAAGGAAUUCUUAGAAGCUGUCAUCAGUGCCAUGAGGUCUCUUUUGCAGAUGAUUGCCUCCAAUAACAUCCCACAGUGCAUGGCCCCCCAGCAACUGAUGAGUCUUUGCGAAGCAGCUUCCCACUGUGAUGUUGUCAGUGUAAGGGUCAAUGCCGUCGCCAUUCUGGGCAUCACUGGCAGCACAUUAGCCAAAGACAAGGGCAAAGCAGAAACCCUGCAGAUGAUCGGAAACGCUUUACUUGAAGUUGCCACCAGAGAUCCUGAUUUGGUUGUCAACGGAGAAGCCCUUGAUGCCUUGUUUGACGUUUUUGCGGAUGGAGAAGAGGCAGAGAUUGCUGCUAAAAACAUCAAAUUAUUGCCUGCACUUAAAACACUUCAACCUGUCUUCAAGGCUAAGAUUCGCAAAGAAGGUCGUGGUAAAUACAGCUCUCAGCAGCUGUGUGUGCUAGAUAACAUCAAAGUCAACCUGAGGAGAUUUAUCGGCUAUCUGGAGAAGGUGGUGAAAAAAUAAGAACUUUGUGUAUUUUAUGCUGUGAUCGUCGUAAGCGAGUUUGGACAAGUCUACCAGCAGCAGAGGAGAGGAAAGAUGAGAUUCAACCUUGAAAUGAAAUACCAGAAAACAUUUCAUACAGUAUGAGGUGGUGUAGAUGUGAAACCACCUGUUAUUUAUGUCUAUUAUAUCUGAAAUAGUUUUUCUUUUUAUCAUGUGAAAGAUUGUUUGAGGUGGAAUUGAACAGUUGGUGAAUGUUUUAGUGGAUGGUUCUUCUUACUUUAAGUCUGACAAUGAUUUUUUUUUCCCUAAUGAAGUUGAACACCUUCAUAUUAUAACAUCUCUUAAUAAAAGUCAAAUCAGGUGUUUGGACCAGA